CGUCAUCUGGAGACCUGCACCCGCCCGAUUGACUGCACCCGCCCGAUCGACUGCAUCUGCUGGAUCGACUACUGCAGUACUGGCGCACCCGGUCGUCCUCUAUCUCUGCGGAUUCCCCAUGAGCCAUACCCGACACAACACCCAUCUCGGCACUGGAGCGGCCUCAUCGCAUCCACAUCGCACACCAGCGGAUCCUCCGCCGAGCUCCUCUGCUGCAAGGGCAGGUCCUCACGAGCCCCGCUUUGUGGCCCAUCCUCCAUCCAACCACUCAGGACAAGUCUCCUAUCGCUAUAUUCCCUACAGCAACCCUCGCUCGCCCGUGACGGUCGCUGCGCAAGAUCCAGAUCCAAAGCUCCAUUCGGGCCAGAGUACACGGUCGACGGAUGACUAUUCAGAUCUGCACUACUCAUCCGUCGUCUCAAGUUCGACGCCUUUGAUGGACGCUUACUCGAUAGCUAGUGACUACCGUUCUGGCUCACGCCAACCAACACGAACGACAGCGGCGGCAGGAAUGUCAACAUCAACAUCGACGACAACCCUCACCAAAGCAGAAUCUGCUUCAGAAGGCGAUUCAGCAACAACGCCAACUAUGAGGCCAACCCCUGUAGGCAAUGCAAGACCCUCUCCUUUGGCUCCAAGUCACGAUCGCCCAGUCCAGCGAUACGAGUCCGUUGAGCUUACCCAGUGGCUCAAGAACCCCGCCACCCUGGCCGAAAAGAUUCACUAUUUCGAGGAGCUCAGGUCCCUGGCCGACAGGUCGGGUGACCGGCUCAGUACCGGGCCUGAACCAGCGUCGAGGCCAAGCCGUGCGGAGACAUCCGGAUCCACAGUGUGCUAUCCAAUCACCCCCCAGCUGCAGUCGUUGCUCCAAAAUCCAGACAAGGUAGAGGAGAUGCGCUAUCGAGUGAAUCGGCCCCGUAAUGAUGCUUCCCUUCAGGAUAUCUUUGAUGGAAACUACUACAAAGUACUUCAGAAGAAGCGCUAUUUUUAUCAAGAUACAGAUAUUGAGCUCGCUCUCAACGUCAGCUUGACUCAAUCCAACGGACUCAAUGGUUUCCAGCAUUAUGCGGCACGCCUAGUCCUUUGGAAUGCUCAAUGCUGUGGCUUUUGAUUCCUGAUGC